GUUUUUGCCAAGAGCACUUGCGAAUCACUUGCAUCCCAAACAAGAUUUCUUACCGAUAGUUGUUGUGUUUGUGUAGACACAGCAUACUUCAGCUGAAUCCAUGGCGAAAUGCUGGCUGCUGCUCCAAUUCUUGGCGUUCCUCUUGCCGGCGACGAGUGCUACGUCGUGCCACACUGACGACCUCCGUGCGCUGCAGGGCUUCGCCGGGAAUCUCAGUGGUGGCGGCGUGCUCUUACGCGCUGUUUGGACCGGUGUCUCGUGCUGCGGCUGGGAAGGUGUGAGCUGCGACGGCACAAGUGGACGCGUCACGGGGCUUCGGCUACCCGGGCGCGGCCUUGCAGGGCCCAUCCCUAGAGCAUCCUUGGCGGGCCUUGCGCAGCUGGAGGAGCUCAACCUUGCCAACAACAAACUGAUCGGCACCAUCCCAUCGUGGAUUGGUGAGCUUGACCACCUAUGCUACUUGGAUCUUUCCGACAAUUUAUUGGUUGGCGAGGUAUCCAAGAGUUUGAUACAGCUCAAGGGCUUCGCCACCACUGGUCGUUCAUUGGGUAUGGCUUUCACUAACAUGCCAUUGUAUGUGAAGCGUAGCAGACGAACACUCCAACAACAACAACCCAAUAUCAUAUCUGGGACCAACAACAAAGUCCGAUCUGGUAGAACCAAUGUUGUAUCCGGGAACGACAACACAGUUGUAUCUGGGAAUGACAACACCGUUGCUGGGAGCAACAAUACCAUCACAACUGGGAGCGGCAAUACCGUAACUGGUAGUAACCAUGUUGUUUCUGGGACCAAACAUAUCGUAACUGACAACAACAAUGUUGUUUCCGGGAUAGACAAUAAUGUAUCCGGGAGCUUCCACACCGUAUCCGGGACUCUCAAUACCGUAUCCGGGAGCAACAAUACCGUAUCUGGGAGCAACCAUGUUGUGUCUGGGAGCAACAAAGUUGUGACAGGAGGUUAAUGGUUUGCGAGUCAGUGUAGCUCACAAACACUUGGUGGGGCCAAUCGUGUUAUGUAACUUCAUGGAUAGACCAUCCUUUUCCUACUUUAAAUAAAAUUUCCAGACUUUAUCUUA